ACGUUGUGCACAGCGCGGUGCUGCCCGAUUGUCUCCCGCCGCCUGAACUUGGAGUGGGCACGUUCCGCGCGCAUGGCAUCGUGAUAUUUUUAUCUGUCUAAGCCGAAGUGGUAAAGCCCCCGCCGGCGGUCCCCUGCUCGGGCGCUGCUUGAUGACGCGCUGUCUCCUCCUCCCGCUGCUGCCCUGGGCUGAAUAGUCGGGCAGGCUGGCUGGCGGGGCGUUGCGCACGGUGAGAGCGCGUCGUUUGGUGGCAGUGUUGGUGGCGUUCUGGUGUGAGCCAUGUUCCGGAGCUAUUGUCUCGAGCCUGAGUCUGUCGCAGCAAGUUUAUUAAUUCUGCCUUUGCCUUAAAUUAAACCAUGGAAAAAAAUAACAUUUCUUCUCGGAAGAUGCACUAUUUGCGCAGAAAGCAGAGCAAGCAUGCAAUGGACACAGAAGAAACUAGGUUAUCUCCUCAAAAAGUGGCAGUGAGGGACAAAUAUUGCCAGACUGACCAUCACCAACAUGGCUGCUGUAAUCAAGAAUCGGCAGUGGAGCCUGGAGACCCACCGUUAUUGCAGCAACCUGUACAGACUUCAAGGUCUGGCAUACUACAAAUUAUUGAAAGUUUUAGAUCAGGCACUAAACAACUUAGACUGAUGUUGUUAAGGGAGGUGGAUACUAUAUUUGAAUGCAAGUCAUGUCGCAGCCUAUUUAGAGGACUACCGAAUCUGAUCACCCACAAGCAGUUUUACUGUAUAUCCAAACAUUUUGAACAUUUUGUGGAUGAAGAUCCACCCAAUGAAAAUAAACAAAGUCAAGUUGUAAAAGACUUACUGGACACAGUAUAUCCAAGAGCUAAUCAAUCAGAAUAUGUUGUACAAUUAGAACCUAUCCAAACAAACCAAAAUGCAGUUUUCCAGACUUUUAAGCCCAUUAGUGAAGUAAAUCUUGAUGGAAAGAUUACAUCAGACUCCGCUGACAUUCAGGAGGAAGACACAGCUUCAGUUCCUUCUUCUGCCUUACCUGCAGAAAGUGAAACUGUAGUACCAACUUCAUGUGAGAGUGUUAAAGGGGAUACAACUUCCAGUUUUCCAAAUGCAGAAGAUUCUGAUGUACCACACAAUGCUGACAGAACUGUUAAAAGAGCUAAUAACAGCAAUCCUUUUUCAUGUCGGCUUUGCAAGAAGGAUUUUAACUGUAGACGUAGUGUACGUAGACAUAUUAAGAAACUGCACAAGAAAAAACUAGAGGAGAUAAAGAAAUUCAUUGAGAUCCGGCGAAAUACACCCUUAUCAUCCACAAAAGGUCAUGGUAAAUUGAUCUAUAAAGCAGCAAGCAAAAGUUGUGACAUAUGCCACAAAUCAUUUGCUACUAAAGCAAAUACAAGGAGACACAUUGAUGAAGUUCACAGAGGGAUGAGAAGAGACUAUGCCACUCAGGAAAUCAAUACCAAACCUGGUAAAACUGUGAUUCCUGAGACUGUAACGCCUAAAAAAUCACUUAAGACUAUUUCUCGCACACAAAAACUUCCAGCAAAGUCUGAGGUUAAUGUCUCUUCCUGCACUUGCCCAUUUUGUAACAGGCGAUACACCUCUCAGUUCCUGCUUAAGAAACAUGUAAAGAUAGUACAUAAAACAGCAUCCUCUGUGACCAAUGUCAAGUCAGAUAAAGGAUACAAUCAUAUCAGUACUUCAGACAGUAAAAUAAAAACGGAAAACUCAAAUACGAUGGACUCUUCAUCAAAUACUGUAAAAAGUUCACCAAAGAGUGAAUCAAAAGGUCUAAACCAUGCACAAGAGAAGAAGAGUACAGCUACGCUGAAGGGUAAGGCAAAGUCUGAUGGUGAUUCUCCUAAACCUGGAAGUUCACCAAGUGAUGACAAGAAGAAGUACAAAAAGCCGAAACUGUCAGCUGGUUUUGACUUCAAGCAACUUUACUGUAAACUUUGCAAACGCCAGUUCACAUCUAAGCAAAAUCUUAUAAAACAUAUAGAGUUGCACACAGAUGGCAACUGUAUUUUCGUUAAGUUUUACAGAUGUCCUCUUUGCUCUUAUGAGACCCGACGGAAACGGGAUGUGAUUCGUCACAUAACAGUGGUACAUAAAAAGUCCCAGAGGGCACUCAUUAAAAUAACUGCAAAUUUAGAGAGCAGAGCCAUAAAAAAGCCAAUUGAAUCAAUUCUGGAAAAGGUUUCGAAAAGGGGACCUCAAAAAGACAAAGUUAAAAAAACUGGUUCAAAACAGGAUGUCGCAUCCUCAGCAUCCACCAAAAAAUCUGAGGGAGCAGAUGCUGGCAUUGAAGUUAAGUUGACCAAAACCUUUUCACUGUUAAAAUGUAAAAUGUGUGGUAAAGCAUUUGCAAAAAAGAAGGAUUUGGACCAGCAUAAAAAGAAUCACAAAGCCAACUCAAAUAAUUCACCUGUGGACAUAAAAAUUAAAGGACGAAGUACCAGGUCUAAAAUACCUGCAAGCUGAAAAGAAAUCCAUGUUUGAAUGUGAAUGGUAGAUAUUUUAUUCAAGAAAUUAUUUUUAUAGUAUAUUUUUAGAAAUGUUAAGCUGGCCAGGACAACAUAGAUAGCAACCUCCCAAAUGGUCAUUGGGAUGGUUUCAUGGUUCCAUAUAUUUUGCUCUUCUAGCCUACUUAUUAAUUUUAAUCUUCUGUAUUCUUCAAAAGCA